UUAACCACUCAGCCAUGGGGCUGGCCCCUGAGAAACUUUUGAAGGACAAACUAUCAACAUUCAGGAACAAGUUGGAUAAAGGAGAGUAAGCAGAACGAAUCAAUAAAGUCUCUAGAUUUUGAGCUAAAUUACAGUUUGUGAUGCAACAUCACACUGUACCAGUAGCAUAAUUUUAUUUAAAUUGUGGCAUGCAUCUACUUAUACUUUCCUAAAAUUUUUUAUUUCAAGUUUCACACAUUGAAUUGAUACCCUGUUUUAUCCAUUUGGUAACUUUUAACUUUAACUUUAAAUUGAAUUUGUUCAUUAAUUCAUUCAGCACACAUUUCUUGGAAAGCUUUCUAUAUCAGGCACUGUACUAGGCACCAGAAUCAAAACAAAGAUCAUCAGUUGAGGAUUUCUCAGUCUUUGGUACCUGAGGGUAGAGGAGGAAAGAUGAGGGGAUGGCAAGUGUGUAAAUUAUAAUAUUACAUAAUCUGCUCUAAAAUGAAAGUGUGCACAUAAUUGCUGAGGUACCUCAGAAAGUGCUCCAACACUGAAUGGAGGAGUUGAGAAAGCUUCAUAUUGAGUGAGAGAUGCCUAUAGUCUCCUGUCACCUUUCCUUUUCAUAGGUCCAAUAUACUAUCCAUGGAAGAAAUAAACAAAACUGCAGAUGUUCGAUUCUUCUUUCAUCCAUUCUCGGCUGAUCCUACAGUACAGGUGGUGAUUUUUGUGGCUUUCCUGGUGAUGUACCUGACCAGCCUCAGUGGAAAUGCCACAAUUGCAGUCAUUGUCCAGAUCAACCACUCCCUCCACACUCCCAUGUACUUUUUCCUGGCUAACUUGGCAGUUCUGGAAAUCUUCUAUACAUCUUCCAUCGCCCCACUGGCCUUGGCAAACCUUAUUUCAAUGGGCAAAACUCCUGUUUCCAUCACUGGAUGUGGCACCCAGAUGUUUUUCUUUGUCUUCUUGGGUGGGGCUGACUGUGUCCUGCUUGCAGUCAUGGCUUAUGACCGGUUUACAGCAAUCUGUUACCCUCUGAGAUACACCCUCAUCAUGAGCUGGCCCUUGUGUGUGGAGCUGAUGGGAGGGUCCCUGGUGCUGGGGUUUUUGCUGUCGAUGCCACUGACAAUUUUAAUCUUCCAUCUUCCAUUCUGCAACAGCAAUGAAAUCUAUCACUUCUACUGUGACAUGCCUGCAGUCAUGCGCCUGGCUUGUGCAGAUACACGUGUUCACAAGACUGCCCUGUAUAUUAUCAGCUUCAUCGUCCUAAGCAUCCCCCUCUCGCUGAUCUCCAUCUCCUAUGUCUUCAUCGUGGCAGCCAUUUUGAGGAUCCGGUCAGCAGAAGGGCGCCGCCGAGCCUUCUCCACCUGCUCCUCUCACAUCUUAGUGGUCCUCCUGCAGUACGGCUGCACCAGCUUCAUAUACUUGUCCCCCAGUUCCAGUUACUCUCCUGAGAUGGGCCGGGUGGUGUCCGUGGUCUACACUUUUAUCACUCCCAUUUUAAACCCCUUGAUCUAUAGUAUGAGGAACAGGGAACUAAAAGAUGCCCUAAAAAAAGCCCUGAAAAAGUUCUAGGUAGGAUGAUCCUAUGACUUUUUAAAAUUGGAUCACUUUUGAGAGUGAAGUGGGAUGCUAUUAAUAGUUAUGCUGGGAUGACAUGCGUGAGCCGGGAAUGUCUUCAUCAAAAUGAGACAUGGCCCAUUAUUCUAGGAGCACCAGAGGAAAUGAAUACUAUUGUCUAAUUGAAAUAUAGCUACAUCACGUAGGGCAACAUGAUGUCCUGGGCAUGAAAGAAGGAGCAUCAACAUUUCUUGGACACCUAUUGUAUACUGGGCACUUUAUAUGGGUUAUCUCACUUAGCCUGUGGUAAGUAUCACUGUCUUCAUUUUUUAGACAAGAAACUAAGAUGGCUAAUAAAAGACAUAUCCACAAUGAAAACACAGUUUUUAGAAAUCUAGAGACUGCACUGUCUUCUUACAAUGCCACACUCCUUGUUCGAGGCUUGCUCUGCCAGUAGGAGUACGUGUAACCUCAGGCAAGGCUCUCUGUCUCUCUGGGCUUCACCUUCGUUAUUUCUGAAAUGGCAGAGUUGAACUAGAAGUUUCCAUGUGUUCCUUCCAAGAUCAUAAUAUUAUGUUCUAAAUAUUGGCCAGC